CCACGCGUAGUGUUUAUUGCGUUUAUUGUCAACGCUUCGAAAGGAAAAUUUCCUGUAAAUUACUUUUAUUUAUUUAAAUCCAGAAGUGCAACAGAAGAUUUGACGAAGAACAUGUUUUCUUCAAGUGGCUUGGAGAUAUCUAUGUUACUGUGCGGGGUGGAAAUUCCCAGCCAUUCGCUCUGUAAACUAAAAGUGGAACGAUUUUUUCUACAAAUCCUGAACCGCCGAAUUCCCGUCAUGGCCCCAUCUGUUUCACCUUGGCUCAUAUUCGCAAUCAACGAGAUGAUUUUCAUCGGUACUUUAGAGUUAAUCGAAGUCGAACUAGCUUUGAAGUACGACAUUGGACUCGGCUCCGGCGGUCUUCCUCUGGAUGUAUCUCUGCGACCGUCUACGCAUUCGAAUCAUUGUAAUGAGUUAACAUUUACUGUAUCUGACUCGUCCGAUGUGGAAAUUUUACCCGUCCGGGAAUGCACCAUCAUUGAUCUGACUGUGGGUUACCCGGAAAUUCUGACCCGAAAGCAACGGAAGCGGAAACUGAAGCGUAUUUCGAAAGCUGAGAAGCGUCAGAGACGGGAGCAACGUGCCUUAUCGACGGAUGACGAUGAGCAACCGGAGUUUUGGAUUGAUGUGAUGGAAACGGAUGAGAAUGAAAACUACAACUGCGCAACAUUGCAAAUAGACGGUUCUAAAUUCCCGUCUAAUUUUUCCGAUCAUUGGGUAUUAUCCGAUCAUGACCCGCCCGUUACCAAUCUACGCAUUGGUAUAUUUUGUCCUCGGCCGUACCGUACUCGUUUGAUGAACGCCAUCAUGAAUAUUAUGGAUCAGCUACCGUUAGAAGAACCGCACCCCCAAUACAAACGGAACGGAUUCUACUUGGACACCUUGUGGUUCUUGGCCGCAAACAGUUACUCGGCAUCCUGGAUGAUUUCGAAGGUUGAAAAGUUGUCGAAACUAAAAAUCUGGCGGCAGGCUCGCAUCAUCGUUGAGCCCUGGAGCGACAGAUUCAUCGUGAAAAAUGUCCUCCAGCUGGUGCUGCCUUGGAAAAACUAUCGUGGCAACAGGAAAACAAGAGUGAUUCAACGUUUGCGCAAAGCAAACUUAAUGCAUGGGUCAAACCUAUGGAAUUUGAUUGGCUGCAAAAUGGCGAAGUUUAAAAUACAAGUCACAUUGGCCGUUAAUGAAGAAACAAUUGAGUCACUAAAAAGAACUCAAUUUUACGUGUUCUACGGAUUCAGUCAGUACCGUUGCAAAGUAAUCAAAACUGCAUUGAAAUAAUUAAGUGUAAGUUACAUUUAGUUGAAAUGUACGUUCGGAGUUGCAUCAUACUGCCAAUGAACGCAGUUCAAAAUGAAAACGAGAACUCGCAUUAAUCAAUCUUUUUCCCAUCAGUAUAACGCAUGUUGCGAAAAUGCGUAGGUACUAUAUGGGUCAUUAUGCGAUUUAAAAUAUGAGAGAGAGAGAGCAAUCGAUUUUUGCAAUGACUGAAUUGAAUUUUGAACAGAAAACAGAACAUGAUAGAUCCUAACUACAUUCGAUAACUCAUUAUAUUGAAGAAGCACAAGUAAGCUUCAAACUUGAAGGAAUAGAUUUUUUCCUUGUUUGAGCUAAUUUGUUAAAUCUACGCAUAAUUUGCUUAAGGAGAUACUUUUCUUUGAAUCAGAUUGCUCUAUUUCAUUCAUAGACUAAGCGUAAAAUAUGUUAUUGGUUUGAACUACAACAAUUGUUUUGUUUCAAAUACGUGGAUAAUAAAGAUGAAAAAGAA